GUCUAUUUCCGUUUUAUUUGAUUUGAGAUGGAUUUAUUUUUCUGUUGGUGGAUUUAGUUUAUUGGUAUAAUUUGCUGUAUUGUGCGAUUGUAAACAAGAAACAAAGAUUCACUAUCAGAACAAGCUGUAUCCUUACUGAGCCUAAAGUGGAGACAUACGUAUGAAGAUCUGCCACUGGACAGCAACAUGUCGCACAGUUGUGUAGGAACGCCAGACAUUUAUUACAUUCCGAUUUGAAAGAAGUUCUCUACAGGAAACACUACACUCUGAUGUUUACUGAGCCCAAAGUGGAAACGUUUGGAAAAAAAACCCGUGAAUUGAAGAUCUGCCUCUGAACACCAACAUGUCAUUCAGUGAUAAAUCACGUUUCCCAUGUGAAGUCUGCUCGAAGAGGUAUAACUACAAGUCUCAUCUAGAAGUACACAUGCGUGUUCACACUGGUGAAAGACCUUUCAGAUGUGGAAUGUGCUUGAAGGAUUUUUACACCAAGAGUAGCAUUCAAAAACACAUGCUGAUCCACAUGGGUGAAAGACAUUACAGGUGUGGAAUGUGUUUGAAGGAUUUCUCAUCCAAGAGUUACAUUAAAACACACAUGCAAAUCAUCCACAUGAAAGGAACCAUUUUCAGAUGUGUAGUGUGUUCCAAAGGUUUUGCUUCGUGGUAUUACUUGAAACGACAUAUGUUGAAUCAUACUGGCGAGAAACUUUUCAAAUGUGAGCUGUGUGGAGAGAGGUUUAUAACUACCACCCUUUUGAAACGACAUAUGUCUUCUCACACUGACAAAAAACCUUUAAAAUGUGAUGUGUGCACAAAGAUAAUUAAAAGCAGUAACUAUUUGAAAAAGCAUAUGUUGUUUCAUACUGGCGAGAAACCUUUCAAAUGUGAAGUGUGCACAAAAUGUUUUACACAGAGUUGCGGCUUGAAACAGCAUAUGGUGAUUCAUACUGGCGAGAAACCUUUUAAAUGUGAAGUGUGCACAAAAUGUUUUACACAGAGAUCCGGCUUGAAAACACAUAUGUUGAUCCAUACUCGCGAGUACCCGUUUAAAUGUAAAUUAUGUCAAAAAUGUUUUAGACAGAGUUGCCACUUGAAACACCAUAUGGUAAUUCAUAGUGUGAAAAAGGUUUUGUAUGUGAAGUAUGUACACAAUGUUUUACAUAGGGUUGUAUCUUGAAACAGCAUAUGUUGAUUCAUACUGGGCAGAAACCGUUGAAAUGUGAAGUAUGCACACCAUAUUUUACACAAAGUUUCAACUUACGAAAACAUACGUUGAUUCACACUGGCCAGAAAUCGUUCUAAUGUGAAGUAUGCAACAAAUUUUUAAGGAGUAGUUCCUAUUUGAAAGUCCAUAUGUUGUUUCACACUGAUAAGAACUCGAUCAAAUGUAAAGUAUGUAAAAAAUGUUUUAUAACAAGUUCCACAUUAAAACGACAUAUGAUGAUUCAUACUGGUGAGAAACCUUUCAAAUGUGAAGUGUGCACAAAAUGUUUUAUGCAGAGUUCCAGCUACAAACAACACACGUUAAUUCAUAAUGGUGAAACACGUUUGAAAUGUGAAGUGUGCACAAAAUGUUUUACACAGAGUUCCAGCUUGAAACAACAUAUAUUGGUUCAUACUGGCGAGGAACCUUUCAGUGUGAAAUAUACAAACAAAUAAAAAAUAUAUAAAAAUAAAUUUAAAAACCCAAAAACAACUCUUUUCCCCACCAAAAAUUAAAUAAAUGAAAAAGCUACCACAACUACUCACGUUUAUCGGAAAAUAGUUGCAUUAAACAAAUAAAACAAACAAAAACCAUGUUAGAGCACACUGGUGAGCAAUAUUUUAAAUGUUAAGUUGUUUAAUUGCUUUUAUACAGUGUUUCAGACUUCCGGCGACCAAAAUCUCCUGCCUACCAGAUUUGUAAAGUCGUUGACUGGCUAAUAGAAUUUUCCAUAAUUAUAUUAUAUUAAUAUUUUAUUUCCAGUGCCAUUACAGAAAACUUCUAUUAUUGUUAUUUUGUAUUAGUAUUCUUUAUUUAACGACACCACUGCAGCACAUUGAUUAAUUAAUCAU